UUUCACGCGCCCGCCCGCAGCUCUGGGGGAGCGAACAUGGCCCAGGCGGCGCGGGCGUUGUGGCCUAGCGGGCGCGCUCCGGCCUGGAGACUCGGUUGUCGUCCCCCGCCCGGACUCCCAGAGCAGAGCCGCGCCGGCUUCGCGGGGGCGGCGGGAGGCCCGGGUCCCGCUGCCACCGCCCGCAAAGGGAGCCCGCGGGUCCUGGGAGCGGCGGCGCUGGCCCUGGGGGGUGCCUUGGGGCUGUAUCACACAGCGCGGUGGCACCUGCGCACCCAGGACCUCCGCGCCGAGUGCUCAGCGGUGCAGCUCUCCCUGUCCAGCCGCCUGCAGCUGACCCUGUACCAGUAUAAAACGUGUCCCUUCUGCAGCAAGGUUCGCGCCUUCCUCGACUUCCAUGCACUGCCGUACCAGGUGGUAGAGGUGAACCCCGUGCAGAAGGCCGAGAUCAAGUUCUCCUCCUACAGAAAGGUGCCCAUCCUGCUGGCCCAGGAAGGAGACAGCUUGCAACAACUGAAUGACUCCUCUGUCAUCAUCAGCGCCCUCAAGACCUACCUGGUGUCAGGGCAGCCCCUGGAAGACAUCGUCACUUACUAUCCACCCAUGAAGGCCGUCAACGACCAGGGCAAGGAGGUGACAGAAUUCUGCAACAAGUACUGGCUCAUGCUGGAUGAGAAGGAGGCCCAGCGACUGUAUGGUGGGAAGGAGGCGAGGACGGAGGAGAUGAAGUGGCGGCAAUGGGCAGACGACUGGCUGGUGCACCUGAUCUCCCCCAACGUGUACCGCACACCUGCCGAGGCUCUGGCCUCCUUCAACUACAUCGUCAAGGAGGGCAAAUUUGGGCCUGUGGAGGGCGCCGUGGCCAAGUACAUGGGCGCAGCUGCUAUGUACUUCAUCAGCAAGCGGCUCAAGAGCAGGCACCACCUCCGGGAUGACGUGCGUAAGGACCUCUAUGAGGCUGCCGACAAGUGGGUGGCAGCUGUGGGCAAAGACCGGCCUUUCAUGGGGGGCCAGAAGCCGAACCUGGCUGAUCUGGCCGUGUACGGCGUGCUGCGUGUGAUGGAGGGCCUGGACGCUUUCGACGACCUGAUGCAGCACACCCACAUCCUGCCCUGGUACCUGCGGGUGGAGAAGGCCAUCGCGGAGGCCCCCCGGUAACCUGAGUGUCCCUGCCGUGAGGAGGGGAGGCAGCAGGAGACGCCGGCCGCCGGGGGCCCGGGACAGUCCUGGGCGGUCAGGGCCAGGGCCAUUCUGCCUCUUCCACCCCGACCGCUGGCAUCUCCUUUCUGACACUGGGUGCCUGCUGGGGCCCUGGGGUGCUGGAGGCAAAGCCCACGCUCAGUUUCUGUUCACAGCCCCCUGAGGGACAGGAAGGCUACCUCCCUCACCCAGCCCCACAGGGCACCCCACCACCCCCUGUCCUGGGCCUUCCUGCGCUUCAUCCCCGCUUUGGGGCGCCCCGUGGUGCCCUGUCUCCACCUUGUGCGUGGGGUUAGGGUCGGGCUUCCUCCCUGGACAGGGGGAGUAGGGACGGCCCCAUCCCGGUCUCCUCCUGGUCCCUGCUCCUCCCAGCUGCCCCCCGGGACUGUGUCAUGUUUGCAAUAAAGAAACGGUUUGCUGUU